AGAGGGGGCGGGGGCGCGCUGCCCAGCAGCUCUGCUAUCCCCGCCGUGAGCCCUUAGCCGCUGAGCUCGCAGCCUCCCGCGCCAACCUCCGCCUCCAGUGUCCCGCCUCGGGCCGUCGCCCUCCAGCGACUCGCGAGCGUGGGAGACGUACCUGGGCAGGCACUGUCCAGCCCGGACCCAGGCACAGCCGUGAGGGGCGAGGCACGGGGACGAACUGGCGCCCACCAUGGUAGCCACGUGCCUGCAGGUGGUGGGCUUCGUCACGAGCUUCGUGGGCUGGAUCGGCGUCAUCGUGACCACCUCCACCAAUGACUGGGUGGUGACCUGCGGCUACACCAUCCCCACCUGUCGCAAGCUGGACGAGCUGGGCUCCAAGGGGCUGUGGGCCGACUGCGUCAUGGCCACGGGGCUGUACCACUGCAAGCCCCUGGUGGACAUCCUCAUCCUGCCGGGCUACGUGCAGGCCUGCCGUGCCCUGAUGAUUGCUGCCUCAGUCCUGGGUCUGCCAGCCAUUUUACUGCUGCUGACUGUUCUUCCCUGCAUCCGGAUGGGCCAUGAGCCCGGUGUGGCUAAGUACAGGCGGGCCCAGCUGGCUGGUGUUUUGCUCAUUCUGCUGGGUAAGACAGCUUUCUCAAUGAAGUCCCAGAAGGUUCUCCUGGGCUCUGAGGAUGGCAGAGCCAAAAGAUGGGUCCGUUGUAUUGGGUGCUCAUGUUUAGAAAUUCUGGCCUUCCGUAUGAGUGUCCAGGUAUCCGCAAGAUUUAUUUCUCAGUGGGUCACCACUGCCUUUGGGUUGGAUGUUGUUUUCACUGAACGAGCUAGCUCUGGAAAUGUAAAGCUCAUUGUCUCAGCGUGGCACCUGCUGAUCUCCUCUAGGUCUUCUCACCACGGAGCCCCAAGUGCCUUGUUUCCCCUGUUGGCAGUGGUGGGAGGAGCACGGGGAGUGAAGGCUCCCUUUGUGUUCCUCUGGACUGUUUUCUGCCACUCCCUCAGAGAAGCCAGCACUAGGCCUGGGCAGGGUCCUCAGGGUCACUGA